AUGGCUCUAGCUAUCUUUCACCAGGAAAGAGAUCUCUCGAAUUGUAUAGGUAAUGGAUUCCGAUUCCUAAAUUUCAUGCCAAAAAAAAUAUGGCCAUGUUGCACAGAUUUGAUCCAAUUUUUCUGCAGUGGAAUGCUAAGAUAUCUUGUAAAAAGUUCCCGGGAAGUUUGGUCCAUACUGUUCAAUUAUUAUAUUGCAGAAGUUUAUUAUUUUGUGAAAAAUAUUUGGACUUCAUUCUACGGGCCAUCUGAUCCUAAAAGUCUAAAGAAAGUUGCUUCUGUACAAUGGGAAUAUGCCUAA